AUGACCGUUAGGCGACAGGCGGGCGUCACGGAGGGCGAUCUCGCCAGCCAAACGCCGGCGUCGGCGUCGCUGCCAUCCGAGGCGCCGGAUCAAGGGUCGCAGGCAACUGCGAUUCCGGGAGAGGGGUCGUCGGCAUCGGAGGCGUUAGGUGAGGUGUCCGGUGGUUCGUCGGAAAUGACCAUCGGGGGCCGUUUCUGGGCACUGCAGUCCGAUGAGGAAGAUGAUGGUGGGAGUGGUGAUGAGGAGGUAGAGUUUGCUUCGUCUGGUAGAGGUGGAGAUCGUUUGGCAUCCUUCUUCUGCCGUACUCCAUCGCCGUCGAGGGAUACGGAUCUUGCGGAAGGCUCAUCGGAGCUCAAUCGGCGGCAGUUGAAGAGGCUUCGACGGCGGGAUGGGCAGCGGUUAGCGGCUCGCGCUGCGCUUUUCUUCUCUUCUGGCGAAGGUACGGGCUCCUUUUCCUCUUCGCCGCUGAACAAGGAAUCAAAAGCUAAGUGUCACAUGAAUUUGCCGGUGCUAGAACCGUCAGUUUUUGUCGACAAAACCAUGGAUGGGUGGACACUGGUUCGUCGGCGGCGUUGGUCGCCGGCGUUCGCCAAGAAGGUCUGUGAUCCGGGUAUCACGGAGAAUUCAAAUGGUUCGAAUGUGGGCCAUGCCCGGUUGCGGGCUGGUGAACAAAGACCUGGGUUUCGUUCAGGCCCAUUGCGCCAGGUUGGAUCAUCUCUCGAUCGUUCGGAUAGCGAUCGAGUGUCCAGGGUUGCCAAGGUUGGCAACGUGACCGCUGGGUUUGCGUUUCGACGUUUCCUAGGGUUAACCUGGAAGAAGAGUGAGGCGGCGGCUCCUGUCAUCCGGCGUCGCACGGCUGAAGUCAUCAUGAGUGGCGAUGGUGGUCGAGGAGGAUUCAACUCCGGGCGAGGUGGUUUCAAUCCUGGCAGAGGAGGGUAUGGUGGCGGCCGCGGAAACUUUGGUGGCCGCGGUGACUACGGUGGUGGCCGUGGUGACGUUGGUGGUGGCCGAGGCGACUUUGCUGGUGGCCGUGGCGAAUAUGGCUAUGGAGGGGGGCGCGGUGACUACGGCAAUCAGCAUGGUGGCUAUGGCGCCGGCCGCGGCGGCUAUGGUGGAAACCGAACUGAAUAUGCCCCGAGAGGUCAUUUCGGCCAUGUUGGACGGGGCAACCCUGGCUUUGGCGGCGGGCGUGGUCACCAGGGCAGCGGCUUUGGUGGUUUUGGAGCAAAUCUCCAGUUUGUACAGGGGGGAUACAAGUGGAUCAGCAGGGUCUGGUCCUAA